AAAACGCAGCCACAUACUGUGUAACUGUAACCGUUAGUGUUGGUCACGAAAGUGAAAACGCCAAUUGUAAUUUCUAACCCAAAAGUGUCGGUUCAUAAUUACAUAAUCCAGGUGUCACCUUGAGCAAGACUUGACCAGACAAGGGACCCUCGUUCUGCCGUUGAUCACGUUGAAGCCCUCUCUCCUGCCUGCCUGCCUUGUGGAGUACUUUAGCAUCUUCUGCUCUUCAAAACCAACUGUGCACACUCCCUUUAAGUCCCCACUUAAAAAACUUAAACCCUCUGCUAAGCAUAUCUAUCGACACACCAGCAGAGAGACCAGAAUAGAAGCUUAAAGAAACUUCAUCCAUCCAUCCAUCCAUCCAUGGCCGCCAAACGACGCCGUUGAGAACCCAAUCUCAGCCACACACAGCUAUAAUGCUCUCGCCUGAGCUCCCUCCAAUGUCGAAACCCUCACCCAGAACCAAGCCCUCUUCUUGGCUCGCCGAUAGCUUGCUCUUCCUCAGCGGUGCAUUUCUCGCUCUCCUCGUCCUCUUCACUUUUUACUCCUUCGUAAGCACUUAUUCAUCCCCCAAUUUCGGCCGUACGGUCACUUCUCCGCCGCCCACCGCCGAACCCGAUCAAUGCUCCGACGAUGCUAACCUACGCCGCGACCCGCCGGACCCGACCUUUUACGACGACCGGGAAGUCCGGUACACGCUCGGGGACCCGGUUCAGAACUGGGACGAGAAGCGGCGGCAGUGGCUGCUCCUUCAUCCCUCGCUCGCCCCCGGAGCAGGGAAGAGGAUUCUGAUGGUGACGGGAUCUCAGCCGGGCGCGUGUCGCAAUCCUAUCGGCGAUCAUCUCCUCUUGCGAUUCUUCAAGAACAAGGUGGACUACUGUAGACUCCACGGGCACGAAAUCUUUUACAACAACGCGCUGCUGCACCCGCGGAUGGGCAGCUACUGGGCCAAGCUGCCAGUAAUCCGGGCCGCCAUGGUGGCGCACCCGGAGGUCGAGUGGAUCUGGUGGGUCGACUCGGACGCGUUGUUCACCGACAUGGAGUUCAAGCUCCCGUUGGACCGGUACAAGAAUCACAACCUCGUCGUCCACGGCUGGGCCCACCUGGUCAUGGAGACGCACAGUUGGACGGGGCUCAACGCCGGCGUGUUCUUGAUCAGGAACUGCCAGUGGACCAUGGAUUUGCUCGAGGUGUGGGCCAGCAUGGGCCCACAGACCCCGGACUACGAGAAAUGGGGAGAAACCCUCCGGUCAACGUUCAAGGACAAGGCGUUCCCGGAGUCAGACGAUCAGACGGGCCUCGCUUACUUGAUCUACAAGGAGAAGGAAAAGUGGGGGAAGAAGAUUUAUAUGGAGAGCGAGUAUUAUUUUGAAGGGUACUGGGCGGAGAUCGUCGGGACGCUUGACAAGAUCGAGGACCGGUACGCGGAGAUAGAGAGAGGGGAGGAGGACAAUGCGGUGCGUUUAAGGAGGCGGCACGCGGAGAAGGUGAGCGAGCAAUACGGUGCGUUUCGGGAGGAGUAUUUGAGUGAGGCGGGGUACGGGAGAGGGAGCUGGAGGCGACCGUUCAUCACGCACUUCACCGGAUGCCAGCCGUGCAGUGGGAGGCACAACGAGAUGUACAAGGCGAAUUCGUGUUGGGAUGGGAUGGAGAAAGCGUUGAAUUUCGCUGAUAAUCAGGUGCUUCGCAAAUACGGUUACGUGCACCCGAGCACAAUGGAUCGUGCGGUCUCUACCGUGCCGUUUGAUUACCCGUCCGAGUAAGAUUAGCCCAUCAAUUCAAGUCAUCAUACGGUCACUUUGAAAAAGAAAGGAACUCUGGCUCUUCAUGGUAUAUGCGCUAUGCGAAGCUUCCGAUAAUUCCUGGACUACUGUCACUUUCGGUGGCCGGUAGCAGAUAAUUCCCGGACCAGUAUCAUUUCCGGUCACGUACUUACAUGUUAUGUAUUGAGGCUAGUCUAGUAAUAUGCAGACAUUUUCAUUCUCCGGUUUAUAUUGAGAAUUCACUUCUCCAUUUUCCCUUUCUGGUUCUUAGUGCAUGUUUAUUUACAUGUAUUCGGGAUGUAUAGAGAAGUAUCGAGUGCAUCUCCCGCUUAGAUUUUCAGUAAUUCUUGUAAAUCCAAAUGUUACUAUGUACUUUUCUCAACAACAACAAAAAAGAGUUACUAUGUACUUAGCCUAGAAUGUAAUAAAUUUGGUUGAGACACAUUGGAAGCUCAACCUUUUAUAGAA